AUAUGCAUGUCUUGGUGUGUACUUAUCGUGUCCUGGCCUCCUCGGUAGCUCACCUUUGGAGUAGGAUCUUCAGGACAUGUCGAAGUCCAUCAUGAAGAUCCACCAUCUAACCUCUGUUUGCUCUCUUGUCUUCUCACCAUGUCUAUCCCAUCCCCUUCAAGCUGUUGUAGGUCUUGAUAAUGGAUCAAUCUAUUGCUGGGAUCUUCAAAUGGGCCAGAGGGGCCAACUUGGCAGGUUACCUGUAGCUCAUGCAGGUCCAAUUCUCGCAUUGGACUGGUGUAACACUCCAGGUUCCAGUAAUGUUGGUGAUACUAUUGGUGCCGAUAGGAGCUGGAUAGUCAGUGGAGGUUUGGACCACACUGUCAAAGUCUGGGACCUCACCACAUCUGGCAUGUCCGUUCAUAUUGCGCAUCAGCCUACCUAUACCCUACAUCCAUCAUUCUUUGUAUGCUGAGUACUCUGGCAUCCUGAGUUCCCCUCCGAGAUUGCACAUGUGU